CUGAACUACUUUUUACAGGAUUACAAGAACGAUCUUGAGCAAAAGGAAGUGGCAGCAACUGAAAAUACAAGGAAUCCCGGAGAAGAGUUAUCUACAUUGGAGUAUGGAAAGGAGUUGGAAAGACAGAUCAACGUUAUGCAGCAGGCGCCGCGACCACCAUUUGAAACUAUCAAACAUCUUCAAGAACGGCUAGAACGUGAAAAUGAACUUUACAGAAAACAAUUCAUAUGGCAAAUGGAAAAUAUGAUUCGCUUCACUACAAACGCACAGUGA